UUGAUCAGCCUAGUCGUGAGCGGACAAGCGGUGGGUUGUAUGUAACGUAGAGUUGCCCUUAAGUGAGCGGAAGUGAAAAAAUUAAUUAACUUUUCGAGCUACGAGUUUUUAAUAAGGAUUACUCAAGGAUACACGAAUAUGAUUGUGCGCCACAACAACAACAACAACAACAGCACAAUACUCUCUAAACUUCUGCUACUCAGCUAUGCCUCCUUACUGCUAAUGCUGAGCGCGCAUUGGGCCACUGCGCUGCCCAUCAUGCGCGACUCACCAAUACAAACCAUUAUUGUGCCCUAUCAACGCAACACCGUUACCGGUCAUCCCUAUCAAUUCCCCCGAAUGUUAAGCAGCGAGAAGCGGCAAGUGUUGGUGCCUGCGGUGCUGGAAGUGGUGCCGCGUUUCAAUCUCAAUCAAGGUGACAUGGCCAUGGGCAGUCAGAAAGGUGCGCCUUUGAAUUUCGCCGACGGCGCCUAUCCGGUCUACUAUAUGCCGAGCAAUGUGAAUGGCAAAUUCAAUGGCAAAAUUUCACUGCUGGAGGGUGUGGUGAAACAGGAGUAGUUGGGAAUGGAGGUGAAAGUAAUUUUCUAAUUUAUUUACUUUGUAAUUUACACUAAUUUAAAUAGUUUAAUUUAUGCAAAAAAAAAAUGUUUUUAAUUCCACCUAACAAAUUCACUGUGAUACUGAUAGUGCACAAUAGUUCAUAUAAAUAUUUAUAUAAAAUGUAAAAAAAAAAUAUUUGUAGUCAUUUUUACACCUUUAAAGAGAAUUAUAAUAGAUAUAUAAAGGUGUGUCUCUGCUACGCUUUAAAAAAUAAACUCACUUUGCAGUAUGUGUAUUUAU